ACGAUCACUGGCUGGGUCUUCCUUGUUUUGUCCAAAUCGUUGACUUUAUUUUCGUAGUAUUAGUACGGUUUUAGUGCCUUGAAAGCAGUAUGAGCUAUCCACCACCAGGAGGAUAUGGCAUGCCACAGCCAGGGGGUCACCCAUACCCCAUGGGCGGGGCACCACCCCCACUAGGAUUUGAUAAUGUAGCUCAGCCAAAUGCCCCAUAUCCAGGGGGAGGUAUGCCUAUGCCAGCACCAGCCCCAGCACCCUAUGGAGGUCCUCCAGCUGCUGGUUUUCCUGUUCCUGGGGGUGCCCCACCUUACUCAGGCUUUGGAGCCCCACCCCAGCCCAUGGUACCUCCACCCCAACCUUCUCAUGGAUAUUAUCAGCCCCACCACCAGCCAGCUCCUAUGCCUAAUCCUAGCCUGUCCUUCCAGGGUGCUGCUAUGGCAACAGCAGCAUUUCCAGGUCACUAUAAAGCUCAACAAGGCCCACCCAUGCCACAACCUGCUGCUAGUUCAAAUGUAUCUUACCAACAACACAUAUCCUACUCAUCACAGACUACAGUUGCAUCUGCCCCGCCCCAAACUAUGGCAAGCAGCACUAGUCAACAAGCUCCAACUACUACCACUAAACCAAGAGGCAGGGCCUCUGUGGUUCCUUACUCUCCCUUUGAUGGUAAGAAAGACGCUGAUGUUCUCCGUAAAGCAAUGAAAGGCUUAGGUUGUGACUCUAAAGCCAUUAUGUAUUUAUUAUGCACCAGAACAAACUCACAACGACAGCGUAUUGCUUUAGAAUACAAGACGAUGCAUGGAAGAGAUCUUAUCAAAGAUCUCAAAAGUGAGUUAGGUGGACACUUUGAAGAUGUUGUGAUUGCUCUGAUGACACCACCUGAAGAGUACGAUGCUGGUCUCCUGCGUAAAGCCAUCAAGGGACUGGGCACAGAUGAAGCAAUGCUUAUAGAAAUUCUCUCCACAAGGACUAAUGCUGAAAUCAUAGCAAUAAAAAAUGCCUACAAAAGAUUGUUUGAUAGAGACCUUGAAGUUGAUAUAUCAAAGGACACCUCCGGUCACUUCAAGAAGUUCCUUAUUUCCCUGGCACAGGCCUACAGAGAUGAGACAGAUCAAGUUGAUAUUGCCAAAGCAAAGCAAAACGCUGAGGAAUUAUAUAAGGCUGGUGAAGCAAGAUGGGGAACUGAUGAAUCUAAAUUCAACAGUAUUCUUGCAUCAAGGAGUUAUGCUCAGCUAAGAGCAACAUUUGAUGAAUAUGCCAAGAUUUGUAAAUAUGACAUUGAGGAGUCAAUAAAGAGAGAGAUGUCAGGGGAUCUCAAAGAUGCCAUGGUAUCUGUAGUUCGCGUUGUAAGAAAUGCUCCAGCUUUCUUUGCUCACAAACUGCACAGGUCUAUGAAGGGUCUUGGUACAGAUGACAGUAAGCUUAUCCGAGUUAUUGUUACUCGGUCGGAAAUAGAUAUACUUGAUAUCAGAGAUGAGUUUGCUAGACAAUAUGGUACACCACUUGGACAGUUCAUCGCUGAUGAUACUAGAGGAAAUUACAAGAAAAUCCUUCUACAGCUUAUUGGAGAGAAAUGCUGAAUACCCAGGAAAGUCAUCCUAUUAUAUCUGUCAACARUGGUCUWCUGKUMUAUUUGUCUGUCCGUCCUCUAUAACUAAAAAAAUGUCCCACAGGGAACCCAAGACGAAAAAUCGUGCUGGGAUACCUGUGUUAUGAUUAURAAAUUUUAAAGUGCUAAUUGGUAUUUAUUUUAUUGUAAGACUGACGGUAGCAUAGUAACUCAGGAUAAAUUACUUYUCAGUCUUCUGUYAUAGCWUAGUGACCUUCUAAUCUCGRCAAUUUGUACAACAAACCGGGAAAAAUAUGGCCAUAAAUUUAGAUAUUUUUGAGUACUUUUUCCCAAACAAAUAYUUACUUAUGGCACUUCGUUACAAAAAUUAAUCAUUUUAUGUUGCGUUUAUGUGACAUAGGAGCUAUAUGACAUCACAUUAACACUGCAKUGACAUAAUGACAUCACAGUGACAUCAUAAUGACGCCAUAGUGACAUCAURCAUACAGUUUCCACCUUGACUGCUUGUCUUAAUGUUGCUAUUMUGAACAUCUUGCGACUUUUGAUUAAUAAAUCAAUAUAUACCCGUCCACACUAUAUUUAGCAAUUGUGUGGAAGUGGGAGUCAACGCGGUUUCAUCCGAAUCUCAUUUUUGAGAAUUGCCGACCGUUCUCCGCCCGUCUAUUCCGCACACUUAAAUGUAAAAUUGUAGUCGCAUUUCGUGKUCAAAGACAUAACGGAAUGUUGUUAUAUUGAGCUCGAUUGUUUUUUGUUUUGUUUGCUGUUUUUAUUUAAUUGUCCACCACAAAUCUCAGCAUAAAAAUAAAAGUAUACUAGCCAUU